CUUUUCAGUCUCAAAUAAUGCUUGUAACUCUCUUUGUCGAAAGACUCAUAGAACGCUUUAGACUGUUACGAGUCCUUUAAUUCUUAUAUAGGCGUGUUCAGUAUGAAGAGGUCAACUCAUUUUGCCCUCACCUUUGGGACGCCCUCCGUGACCAAAAAAUACUUUCGACGAAGAGCAUAUAUACCUUUCAGAGUGCUUCAAUCCGAUAUCCGUAUUCAGAUGCGAAAAGUAACAAAAGUUCAGAGAUAAUGUUAAUUUCAGUCUUCUAAGAUUUUCAAGUUAAAAUUCUAAAAAUUAGUCAUACAUUUGAUGUAAAUUUUCUAAUUAAAGUUUUAAUUUUUCGAAUAAUCUCCUAGAGAUUUCUUUCAUUUGUUCAUAUUUAGAAAAGAAAAGAAACAAUUACGUGAUUUAUGUAAAGAAGUUAAUUAUUUUAAUGAUUCUGCUUCACCACCAAAUUUAAAACAAAUUGAACAAAUUGAAACAUUAAUUGAAUAUCUUUCAAUUGAAGAUUUAAAAUUAUUAAAUGAAAAAUUAAAAGAAGAAAAUGUUGAUCAACGUUUAAUAAUAUUAUCUGAAGUUAAAAAAAUGGAUGAACAAAUACAACAAUCACGUUUAGAAUUAUCACAACAAUCAUCAUCAUCAUCAUCAACAUCAUCAUCAUUAAAUUCAACUUCGAAAUUAAAAUGGACAUCAGAUGAAAUUGAAUUACUUGUUAAAGCACUUCGAAUAUAUCCAGCUGGUGUACAAAAUCGUUGGUUAGUUGUACUAGAAUAUCUUAAACGUAGUGGUGGAAAUCCACUUCGUACUGUACAAGAUAUAAUGCAAAAAGCAAAAGAUAUUGCAAGUGGUAAAAAAGAAGUUGAAGAAACAAUAUCAUCAUUAGAUCAUAUUGCACUUAAUUCACAUAAACAAACAACAACAUUAGAAAAUCAAGUUAAACUUAAUCAAUUAACACUUAGUGAACGUGAUUUAGAUAUACCAACAACAAUACCAUGGACAGUUGAUGAACAACGUAUAUUUGAACAAGCAUUAAGAACAUAUCCAGCAACAUUAGGUCCAUCACGAUGGGAUCAAAUAGCUGAAUGUUUACCUACAAGAAGUAAAAAAGAAUGUUUAGAACGUUAUAAAGAAUUAGCUAGAAUGGUUCAAGCUAAAAAAGCAACAAACAAAUCUUAA